CGUGGCUGGGAGGGGGCAGCGCUCAGCCCGGGGCUCAGUCCCUGACAUGGGCAUGGCCUUCAGGGGGCCUGAACCCUGGGUCCCUGCAUCCCUGCUGAGCCAGAGGCUGAAGGCCGAGGAAAAGACUUUGGACCUGGAGUUUGAGGUCUUGAGCGUGGGGUUUAACAAGGAGGGCAGAUACGCCCUGCGGCUGUCAGCUGAGAGGCCCCAGCAGGCCAGCUCUGGGGCUGGGGUGCAGUUGCAGGUGAAUGAUGGGGACCCCCUCCCUGCCUGCUCUGCUGUCACUGAUGUCGUUGAGCAGAAAGACCCUGGCCGGAGCCUCACCCUCACCAGGAACAAGUUUGUCUUUACUUUGCUUAAAGCUUUCUGCAAGAAUGAUGGACAGCAUGACGCACAGCUGCGCCUAAGGCUGAGCAGGGCCUCCGGAAGGGCGGCCCAGAGGGUGGGCGAGGCCAUUUUUCCCAUCUACCCGCGCCUGGACGAACCCUCGGCCUGGGAGCACGAGGACCCGCACCACUACCGCGGCAACCUGUCUCUGCUCCGGGCCAGUGCAGACCCCACGGCCUGCCACUGCGGGAGCCUGGCCUACAGGGUGGCCUUCCACAUGCACCGGGCCCCUCAGCCUCCUGCCACAAACUGGCCCCCCAGCGCCAGCAGGAAGGCCGACGGGCUGGGAGCUGCAGCUGUAGAAAGCUCAGAUGCCAGCGGGGAGCUGCAGGGCAGGGCAGGCAAGGCAGUUAGGGCGCAGGAUUUAAGGAGGUCCCAGAGCCGGUGUCUGGUACCCCUGAGCCCACACUGGUGCUCCAUACUGUGCGCCACCCCCAAAGACCCCAAGGUCACCGAGGGACCAGAGGAGCCCACGAAUACCUCCCAGAAUGUGGACUCUGUCAUCAGCCACCUGUCUCCCUCCGAUAAGGAGGUCAUCCCAGUCACUCUCCAUGGGGCCACCAACCUUCCUGCCUCUAAGGAUGGCUCUGAGCCAUGGCCCUAUGUGGUAGUGAAAACCACAUGUGAGGCAGCGAAGAACCAGAGUUCCAAGGCAGUCACAUCUGUGCCCUCGGAGCCCAGCAAAGCCCCCAUCUGGGGGGACACAGUCAAAGGGGAGAUCCAAGCUGAGGAUGCGGGGCGUGAAGAUGUGAUCCUCAAGGUGGUGGACAAUAAAAAGAAAGAGGAGCUGUUGCCCUAGCAAAUCCCCAUCAAGUACUUGUGUGUCUUCCACCCCUACCACUUUGAGCUAGUGAAACCCACUGAGUCUGGGAAAGCCAAUGAAGCCACCGCCAAGACCCAACUUUAUGCAACGGUCGUUCGGAAGGGCAGCUUCAUCCCCCACUACAUGGGCCACAACCACACAGCUCUGGAGGUCGUUCUCCGGGGGGUCAACAGCCCCGGCCUCAUGGUAGUCAUUGCCCUGGUGGUUCCCAGCUACAAGGAGUUUCGGGGAGUGGGGCCCAGGCGGGGAGUCAAUCAGGUAACCUGGGACCCGGCAUCCCUGGGGCUUCCCAUCGCCCCACUCUCCUUCCCUAUCCCAUCCGUGAUGAACUUUGAUGUUCCUCGGGUCAGCCAGGAUGGGUGCCUUCAGCUGUCCAAGGCUGGGGGACCCCCAGAGCUGCCCCUGUGGAAUCAGUUCUUCCUCUUCCAAGGCCGAGAUGAAGCCACCAGCUUCUCAGAGGACACAGCCCUGGUGCUGGAGUACUACUCCUCGUCUUCAAUGAAAGGCAGUGAACCAUGGACCAUCAACAAGCCCCUGGGUAUCUCCGUGUUGCCGCCAAAGAGCCGUUUGUACCGCAAGAUGCUGACAGGGAAGGGCCUGAAUGGGCUGCGUGUGGAGAAGCUCCCCAUCACCGACACCAGGCUGAAAACCAUAAAUGGUGAGGUCCCCACGGUGGAUCUCUCCUUCCAGCUGCUUUCCUCUGAGAGGCCGGAAAACUUCUUGACACCAAACAACAGCAAGGUUCUGCCCAUCCUGGACCCCAAGAUCUUAGACGAGAAGCUGGGUACCAUCCGUGAGUCCUGGUCCAAGGCCACAGUGAGCUCCACAACUGGCUCCAACACAUCCACUUCUCAGGAAGCAGAGGAAGAGCUUCAGGUGCCCAAGAUGUCCCGAGCAAUGGAGAUGAACAGCUACCGGCAGGCCAUGCAGAAGAUGGCAGAGGACAUCCUGUCACUACGGAAACAGACCAGCAUCCUGGAGGCAGAGAACCAAAUGCUGAGGAGCCAGCUGACCCAGGAGAGGGUAGAAGAGGAGCCAGACAUCACUGACAGAGCCCAGAACCUGGCGUCCAUGAAGCAGAAACUGCUGCUGAGUGAGCAGGACAUGAAGAAGCUGAGGGACAAGGUGCAGCAUCUGCAGAAUGAGCUGAUUCGAAAGAAUGACAGAGAAAAGGAGCUGCUCCUCCUGCACCGGGCUCAGCAGCCACAGGCGGCGCUGCUGAGGCGAUACCAGGACAAACUGCAGCAGAUGAAGGCGCUGGAGGAGACCGUGAGGCACCAGGAGAAGGUGAUUGAGAAGAUGGAGUGGGUGCUGGAGGACAAGCUGCGGGAGAGGAACGAGCGCCUGCAGAACAAGCUGCAGGGAAAGCCCAAUGUCGCCUUCCCCAUGCUCUCAGCCUCUGGCCUUCCCCCGGGUCCAACGGGAGAGAAUCUGCCUGUUGACCUUUACUCAAUGCUGCUGGCGGAAAACUCGAGGCUGCGGGCAGAGCUGGACAAGAACCGCCACCAGUCGGCCCCCAUCGUUCUGCAGCAGCAGGCCCUGCUGGAUCUUCUUGCCAGUAAUUCAGACAAGUUUAACCUCCUAGCCAAGCUGGAACGCGCUCAGAGCCGGAUUCUUUCCCUGGAAAGCCAGUUAGAGGACUCAGCUCGACGCUGGGGACGAGAGAAGCAGGACUUGGCCACACGGCUGCAGGAGAAAGAGUACGGCUUGAGGCCCCCUUCCAACACAAUCAUCACAGAUGAGUCCAACCCCUCCACCCCCUCCAAGAACCACAGGCAACCCUCCAAGCUGGACCCCUUGAUGCCCAGCUCAGAGACUAAGCUCAACAAUCUCUCUAAAUCCCAGCAGACUGAGUCCUGGCAGACCUCAGUCUUGGAGCAGGCCUCCCUCUCUGUGUACUGA